AUGACAGCGAAAGUUCAUUGGAAACGGCUUGAUGGAACUAUCGGCCAAAAUCCCAAGCCUCGUCAUGGACAUCGAGCAGUAGCUGUCAAAGAUUUGAUUAUUAUAUUUGGUGGAGGGAAUGAAGGCAUUGUCGAAGAUCUCAAUGUGUUCAAUUGUGCUACAAACCAUUGGUUUCAACCAUUAGUGAAAGGUGAUAUUCCAACAGGCUGUGCUGCAUUCGGUUUUGCUACUGAUGGUAUACGAAUUCUUGUGUUCGGCGGCAUGGUGGAAUAUGGCAAAUAUUCAGCAGACCUCUGGGAAUUGAAUCCGUUAAAAUGGGAAUGGAGAAAGUUGAAACCUAGACCACCUCGAACAGCUCCAUUACCAUGUGCUCGUCUUGGACAUACAUUAACAUAUGCAGAAGGAAAGUUUUAUCUCUUCGGUGGUCUGGCUAAUGACAGCAAAGAUCCAAAACAGAAUGUUCCCCGAUAUUUAAAUGAUCUGUAUGUACUUGAAUUCAAGGGAAAUAGUUGUAGCUGGGAACAGCCGAUGAUUACGAAUACAUUACCAGCUGAACGCGAAUCGCAUUCAUGUGUGUUCUAUCGUGGUGAAAUUGAAAAUCGUCCGAAGUUGCUGGUCUAUGGUGGAAUGAAUGGUCAUCGUUUAGGAGAUCUUUGGAGUUUUCAUCUCGAUUUUCUACAGUGGACACAAAUAACACCGAGUGGUUUAUCUCCACAACCACGUAGUCUGCAUUCAGCAGUUGUGAUCGGCAAUCGGAUGUAUAUAUUCGGCGGCUGGGUUCCAUUAGUUCCCGUGGACAAGAAUGAUCAUUAUUCGAACGAAAAAGAAUGGAAGUGUACGAAUACAUUAGCAGCAUUCAAUCUAGAAACAAAUUCUUGGGAACUUCUUGGACAAGAAUGUCUCGAAGAUAAUGUACCACGAGCACGUGCUGGCCAUUGUGCAGUGACCGUUAAUACGAGAAUGUAUAUUUGGAGCGGACGAGAUGGAUAUCGAAAAGCAUGGAACAAUCAAGUUUGUUGUAAAGAUCUGUGGUGUUUGGAAACAGCUAUUCCAGGCGAACCAGAAAAAGUGCAAUUACUCAAAGCAGGAAUCGGCAAUCUAGAAAUAUCGUGGGCUCCUGUACCUACCGCUGAUUCCUAUAUUUUACAAAUACAAAGAAUCGAUACACCAGUUGAACAACCUGUACCAGUACCACCGACGCUUCCGACUACGUCUCAACCAUCGACACAUCAUCCACCUUUACCAUUGCAAUCGAUAUCCGCUUCACUCUUCGCUUCAAAGAGUCCACAAUCCGUACUCGCAUCGUUAAUUCCGACAUUUUCAAACGAGCAACAAACACCCAGUGCAUCAGUCUCCGCAAUAUCUGAUACAGAUGCUGUUGUCGAUCCCUGUCUUCCCUCGACAUCAAAGUCGGACCUUUUAUCAUUAGCUCAUCUGUCGUCGUCGCAAACACCGUUAUCAGCAUCGAUUAGUACACUCAAUGCUCAGACAUUGCCAAAUCUAUCUUUAUCACCUCCGAACAGUACUAAUAAUUCUUCAUUAUUGUUCCAAAAAACGACACCAACAUCUAUUCCCUCGUCUAUGCAAUACAAUCAAACAGCGACUAUAUUAAAUCCUACACAAACCGUUCGACCAGCGACAACAUCGAGUAUUCAAUUUGUUAAUACUUCGUCUACCGGUGCUAAUAAUACUGUUCGUCCAAUCAUAUUCCACCCAAAAACGACGACAAACUCACCUCAACCACAACUUCUCACCGUUAUGCCUGCAGGUGUUCGUGUCCAGCAACUAACACCUGUCGUACGAGGUUCGUCUACUCAACCGACAACAAUCGUCCGUCUCAUGUCACCAGCAGGUACAACCGUUCGACCAGGCACAGGUCAACAACAAAUCAUACAACUGAAUACUACUAAACAACAACAACCACCACUAGUGAUCAAGGCAAUCACUGCACAAACAUCGAACCGACCACAAUCUCAGCAAUCAGUAUUGUUGUCAUCUAAUACCCAACAAAAGCCUGCAGCACAACAGCAAGUAUUAGUUUUGAAUCAGAACGCGUUUUCGAAUAUGGGUGGACAGCAGCCUAAAUUUACUAUACAAAUGACAAACGUCGAUCAGGCAAAUACACCGGCAGCUCAUACAACAGCGAGCACUGAUAAUGGUCAACAAGAAUCUAAUUUACCUCAAUUAGAUGGAAGUAUAGAUGAUUUGCCUCCACAAAACGGUACAUCUGAGUUACAAACUUCUUCUAGUCCAGCAUCACAACAGUCAGCAACGAAUGUGUCAUCACGACCAUUGACAAAUGAUCACGAAACGCUCAAUGGUAAUUCGAAACAUGAUAUCCAACAACCGACAGUAUCAAAUGAUUCGAAACCCAUUGAUAGCGAUGGCUGGCACCUGGUAGGAACAUUCAAAACCACAACAGCUGAUAUCAAACAUUAUUAUGUUGUACCAUCAAAAAUUCAUCUUGACAACUAUGAUCUUGAUUCACUUCAAGUGCAAAAUUUGGUGAAAAGAGUUGAUCUCGAGCCGGGUGUUAUCUAUAAACUUCGUAUAGCUGCUGUAAACUCUUGCGGUCGUGGCCCAUGGAGCGAAGCAUCAGCAUUCAAGACUUGCCUACCAGGUUCACCACCUGCUCCAUCGAAUAUCAAGAUUACAAAGACAGCAGACGGCGGUGCUCAUUUAACUUGGGAUCCUCCAUCGAAUGCAUCAUCGAUGAUCACUGGCUAUGCAGUUUACUUAGCAGUUAAGAAUACUUCCACCGACAAUGCAUCCACACGCCCUCAAUCACAGCAAGCAUCACAAAUGGCAUUUGUUCGUGUCUAUGGUGGUGUUGCAGCUGAAUGUUCAGUUAACGCUGUUCAACUUCAACAAGCACAUCUCGAUACGACGACGAGUAGUAAACCAGCAAUAAUCUUUCGUAUUGCUGCACGUAACGAACGCGGAUACGGGCCAGCAACUCAAGUUCGAUGGCUGCAAGAUCAACAACAGAUUGCUGCGAACCAUUCGGCUGCAAACAAUUCGUUGAAGCGAACUAGCUCGAAUACAAAUUCUUCCGGUACAGGAAUAAAAAAACCACGAUCCUUGCCAACAAAUGGUGCAACUGAUGGUUAA